AUGGAUCAAAACAACUGGAUAUAAAAGUCUUCUGUUUAAGAAUUUGGAAUAGACAAGAGUGUUUAGCAGCAACAAUAACAAGGAUAACCGCCAGCCUCUUUGAUUCGAAGAGUGUCUAAACGUAAUGUUGCAAUCAGGCCCACUCAGGAGACAGGAAUGGCUCAAAUAUAUGAAACAUUUCACCCAGAACAAAAAGCAUAGACCCUUGAUGAUAUCAAAUUCAUCAUAAAAUGCUUCUAAAGUCAUUUUGUAUUUAGCUCAAUGACUGAUACAUAAUUGUAAUACAUUAUGUUAUUCUUAGAACACAAUUAGCACACAGUAUGUUCUAUUGCAAAUUGCAAACAGGAGAAGCAAUUAUCAAAUAAGGGGAUGGAGCUAGCUCUUUCUUCAUAAUUUAGAAGGGAAAAAUAAAUGUCUUGGUGGAUAAUGUACCACGUAAAGAAUUGACAACCGGAUUUGGGUUUGGUGAAUUGGCAUUAUUAUAUAAUGCACCAAGGUCAGCCACAUGCAUGGCAGUGGAAGAGUGCUAUCUAUGGGGAAUUGACAGACACACUUUUAGAAAGAGCAUAGAGACCAUUAUGAGGAGUGAGUAAGAGAAGAAUAGAAAAUAUUUGGAGAGUGUUAAAUUUUUUAGUAUUUAUAUCAGAUAAAUAAAUAGAUUAAUUAACAAGAGAGUAGAAGGAUGCCGUAGCAGGAGUGCUCAUAUCCUAAAAAUUUAAUUAGGGAGAAAUCAUAGUGAAUGAAGGAGAUUAGGCUAGUUCAUUUUACAUCAUAGUGGAGGGUUAAUGCGGAGUUUUCAACAAGGAUGGUUAAUAAAUAGCAGUUUUGAAUCCAAGUGAUUCUUUUGGGGAGUCAGCACUCAAGCAUGAGAAUUAGGUGAGAAUGAUGACCAUUAAAUCCAUCCAAAAAGAUACGAAAGUGUUGGCAUUGGGAAAAGAUAUGAUCUAAUAGAUCUUAGGUGAUUAAGUACAAUCCAUCAUCUACAAAAAUAUAUGCAAAUGGGCCUUGAAUUCAUCUAAGUUAUUCAGCAAGACUCAAUCUGCAUAUCAAGAUAAAUUGCUUGAAGGAGUGUAAAUUAAGAAAUUGCCUGCAAAUUCUAAAGUAAUUACAAAGGGAGACAAAGUUGGACAACUAGUCAUCCUUCUUGAUGUUGAUGCACUAGAUGACACCAAUGCUAAAGCUCUAAAGGGAUCCAUUCUAGUCGAAGAUACAUUACAAGAUAAGCUCUAAGGCACUUCUCAUGGCAAAACAUACACAAUUGAAGCCGAAGGACAUGUCGCCAUUAUUGAUUAUGAAUCAUUCAGAAAGGCACAAGGCAGCGUCGAGAAGAUUUAAUAAGGAAAGGCUUAGUAAUCAGAAAAGGUAAAUGCAUAUGAAGAGUAAAUCAAAAGUCAACCAUUCAAAAAUUUAAUAUACCUUAAUAAAUUAGGUUCUGGUUAAUUUGGUUCUGUGUACCUUUGCAAAUUUAAGGAAUUGGAGACUCUGUUUGCUCUCAAGUAUGUUACAAGAGCACAUGUGUAAUAAUUUGGAAUUCAAAAACACAUUUAAUAGGAGAAGGCUGUCUUGGAAUUGAUGGAUCAUCCAUUCAUUCUUAAAUUUUAUAGAUCCUACAAAGACAAUGAAAAUAUCUAUUUCUUGACUGAGUACAUUCCAGGAAUGGAGUUGUUCGAUGCCAUCAGAGUUAUUGGUAAUUUUAUUGAAAUUAUGAUAAUAUAGGAUUAUUGAGUAAGUAUGAUGCACAAUUCUAUGCUGCUCAAAUGUUGUUGUAGAUGGAAUACUUGCAUACAUAACACAACAUUGUUUACAGAGAUAUCAAGCCAGAAAACAUUAUGGUGGAUGAUAAGGGAUUCUUGAAGUUAAUUGAUAUGGGCACAGCUAAGUCAUUUAAGAAUCAAUGUAAGGAUAUUGUUCAUAACCAUUGUAGAAUCAUCGAAGACAUUCACAAUUAUUGGAACACCUCAUUACAUGGCACCAGAAGUAAUUUCAGGAAAAGGUUAUGGCUACUUUGCAGAUCUGUGGAGUGUGGGAGUUUGUGUUUACGAGUUCAUUUGUGGUGGAUUGCCAUUUGGUGAAGAGGCAGAAGAUCCCUUUGAAAUCUACAAGGAAAUCAUCAAGAAACCUAUCAGCUAUCCUCAUUUUAUGUCUGAUAAAUCAGCCAAGCCUUUCAUUGAAUAAUUGAUGAAUAAGAUCCCUGAAGUGAGAUUAGGAGGAUCCUACACUACUUUGAAAUCUCAUGCUUGGUUCAAAGAUUUUGAUUGGGUAAUCAUUGAUCUUUUAACCGUUUCUAGGAAAAGUUAUUGACCAAAUCACUGAAGGCUCCCUUAAUGCCAGGAAAGGACAAGAUUAUGACUCCAGCCUAAAUUCAGACUGCCUAACAACGUGGGGUCUAAGUCCAUGAUCAAAUUUAAAAGGAUACUUCUGGGUAGAAGAAGGUAUUGGCUAGUGCAAAGGAUGCAGAAUGGGAUAGUGUUUUUUGAUUAGGCUUUGAUAUUAUAAUAA